AUGGUAGUUGGAAAGGACAACGGAACAGGUUUUGAUUGCCUGACACCCGGUUCAUAUGCCUCAUCUCAGGCUAUUAGUGUAGAGCAGCAUUCACAGAAUCCAAGAUCGAAACAACCUCUAUUUACACCAAGAAGCAAGAAUGGUGUUUCGCCUGUUUCAACACACCAGCCAGAAGCACUUACAGGGACAGCUUUUGAAGGUAUAUCGUUUGAGGAUAGUAUCAAUAGCCCCAGACCGGCACUAGUGAAGAACACACCCACUUCUAUAGGCACGAGUCCUAACGAUGCAAGUUUAACAAACCUACCUCCAAUAGGAGAUGUACUCCAUGCAAAUCAUUCGAUGUCGUCAUCUUCAAUCAUGUCAUCUACUGACGGCUCCACUGGAACGCCUACCUCAGGAACUGAUAACAAGGUUACCAAAAGAAAAUACUCUAGAAACGGCUGCCUCGAAUGUAAGAGAAGGAGAAUGAAGUGUGACGAAGGUAAGCCUACAUGCUGGCAAUGUGCUAGAUUAAGCCGCAAUUGUAUUUAUGUCCUGAAUCCAAAGAACAAGAAACGUAAACCCAGAAAACCCAAACAAGAAGGAAACUCGGUAAAUCAUGAGAAUACCGAUACAAAACCAGUUAACUCCCAAGAGGGCACGCAAAGCGAUAAUAAUCUUUUGGAUGCAGGACUGCCGAAUCUUAUACCAACAGCAAACAUAGAUGCUAUAGAUGCAAACCUUCUAAUUCAAAAUUUAAAUGACAUUGUGAACAUGAAAUUAAACGAUUCUUUGAUUAAUGAUGAACUAAAAGAUUUAGAGUUUAAUGAUUUGGACUUUCCAGACCUUAAUAUACCACUUAUCAACAACAGUUCUGAGUUUUCCUCAGUUCCAAUAUCAUUUCUUGUUGAUAACACAAUCACUUUCAAUACGCCGUUAGAUUCUUUUAAAUUAGGAGGUAUACAUGAUGAAUAUCUUCGAACGUUUUAUUAUGAUUGCUUGGACUCCAUCGCACCUUUUUUCCAGAAUCAAAGUAAUCCACUCAGGGAUAUUCUACUGUCGUUUGCAAAAAAAGAGUCUUAUCUUCUUUCAGCAAUACUUGCAGUUGGCGCUUCUAUAGUCCAUCGGAAAUCAAAUAAAGUUGAGGAUGAGAAAGCUUAUUGCGGCUAUUUGUCUCAUUGUUUACAACUCCUUGGAUACCAAUUCAAAAAUGAAAAUAAUGUUAUUAAAAAGAUUGAACCCAUCAUUCUAACAGUCAUUCUGUUGACCUGGGAUUGUAUAUAUACUAUGAAUUCCCAAUGGAGAUCUCAUUUAAAGGGUAUUACUGAACUUUUCAAGAAAAUUAAUUCUGGAAACUCCUCCAAAGUUCUUAAUGUUGCUAAAUGCUGGUUCAAAGUGAUGGAAACAUUUGCAAGUAUCAGUACUGUUCUAGGCGGUGCUCUUGUAGAAGAAGCGGACUUGGAUGCUAUUUUUGAUCCAUAUGAUUUUGAAUAUGUUGAGUCUUUGAAAUUCAUGAAUAUCACCACAUCGCUAAAUGAAUUCAAUCUCUUACGGGGUCAUAAUGAACAGUUCGAUUUAGUUAUCAAAGAAGUUUUCAAGACCUUGAAUUUAGUUAGAUCGUUGGAAAGAACAAGUAUUAAUAGUAGUCAUGAUGGAAUCUUGACUAAAAACAUAGAUUACUUGUUAUAUUCUAACUCAAACUCUGAAGAGUUCAGGGACAAAUUGUCCUAUUUCAAUAUUCAAAAAAUUAUUGUUGAAAUUGAUAGACAACUAGAAUAUCAAUUUAUUGAUAAGUCCGGUGUAAUUCCUCCAGAUAGUGCCUUGCACCCAUCGAAUAGUAAAAUUACAGAUAAUUCCAUUGAUUUAGUAACGCUCAAAAGUGGAGAGGUAGUAGCAGUAAGUUGGUAUGAUAUAUCUCAUCAAACACAAGUUCUUUCCUUUCUACUGAUUGUCCUACUAAAACUUCUAGGUAUACCGAAAGAAUCGAUUGCUGUGCAACAGGUCGUGAAAAAGAUUAUGUCUUUUUUCAGAUUUUUGGAUAGUGAUAAUCCACCAGUUAAUCUUCGAACUUGUUAUUCUAAUUUUGCUGUCCUAAUUGCUGGGCUAAACGCCAUUGAUGAGGAAACCAAAAGUCUUGUUCGUAAAUACUAUGAUGUCAAUGGAUCCAGAUUUAGAAGAUUGACGGAACAUAACUUGAAUAGAUUAGAAAAAGUUUGGAGUGGUAAUGAAACCAAAUUCAACCUUGAAGAUCAAGAUGUUUUAACUUGGUAA